UGUUCUGGGUGCUUCUCCACCCCACGAUCGGGGGACGGGGUGAGAGGAGAAUGGCUCAGGAGAGCAGUGGGAACCUGUCCGAGGUGCGGGCGCGGAUCGGGGCCUCCCACAGCAUCACCGACCUGGCCCGCAAGCUUCAGUUCUAUGACGGCUGGGCUCAGGACUACGACCAGGAUGUCGCUGCCCUGCAGUACCGAGCCCCGAGACUCGCAGUGAACUGUCUCACCCAGGCCCUUCCAGGCCCACCCCAUGCUGCGCUAAUCCUGGACGUGGCCUGUGGCACCGGCCUGGUCGCUGCCGAGCUGCAGGCUCGGGGCUUCCUCCAGCUGCAUGGAGUGGAUGGGAGCCCAGGGAUGCUGGAACAGGCCCAGGCCCGCCGCCUCUACCAGCACCUCAGCCUCUGCACCCUGGGUCAGGAGCCUCUGCCCAGCCCCACAGGGACCUUUGACGCGGUGCUGAUGGUAGGUGCCCUGAGUGACGGCCAGGUGCCCUGCAGUGCCAUACCUGAGCUCCUGCGAGUCACUAAGCCAGGUGGGCUGGUGUGUCUGACCACCAGGACCAACCCAUCCAACCUGCGAUACAAGGAGGCACUGGAGGCCACCCUGGACAGGCUGGAGCAGGCUGGGGCCUGGGAACGCCUGGUGGCCCAGCCGUGGACCGCUGGGAGCUGGCUACCUCUGCACUUGAGGUGGCACCUGGCACCUCUGCCAAGGAUGCCUUCAUCUCAGGCAUCAUCUACCUGUACCGGAAGCAGAGUCUCCCAGGUAGAGGGAGUGAGGCCCAGUCUCCGCUCCCAGCUGGCUUCCAGCCUUCCAAGUGACCUUAGCCAGGCCCACCUUUGUCCCAUGUAUAAAAUAGGACCAUUGUACCAGACCUGCCCCUUAGGAAUGUUCUGCCUAUUAAAUGAACUCCCAGAAGUAGCAAAAAGACUCGUGGUUCCGCCCCAGGUCCAGCCCCCAGGACAGGGGGAUCUCUGUUGCUGGGUUACAGAACCACGGACCUUUUGCACCCAGAAGGCCAAUCCCUCAGUGGCCAAAUAGGAGGAGGCAGAGCCUCUGGACUUGUCUGCCUCCCCUGGACCAGGUGUAGAGAUAUUGAUGGAAUGAAAAAGAAAACAAGCCCAGCUGUGUGAGCUGCCAGGCAAGGUGACUAUUGGAAAGCAAAGUGGCACCGCUGUGGGGGGGUGCGGUCUCGGCAGGUGUAACCAGAUGUCACAGGUUUUGUUGUUGUUUUGAAGCACCCAGGGUGCUCUGCCACGGAGCCACAUCUCCAGCCCUUUCUAUUUUUUAUAUUGAGACAGAGUCCCCCUGAGUUGAGGAGUCUGGCCUUGAUCUUCGAUCCUCCUGCCUCAGCUUCCUGAGCAGCUGGGAUGACAGGUGUGCGACACCACACCUGGCCGUCAUGGGUCUUGAUAAGACACCCGAUUGGGCAACAGCAGCCUUAGCGUCAUCUGAGGGUGGGGUUUGGGUACUUUAGCAUCAAAAGGUCACCUGUGGAACACUUUCGCAGGUAAACCGAAGGGUUCUGUGGCUUCAGCCACUUUGAGUCAGACAAGGCAAACUCCAAAAGCCUAAAAAACAACCAACCUAAAACAAUGGUCGCCAAGGUGACCGUGCUAACCGGUCCAUUCCGGUUUCCUCUGAGUUUCAAAAGGAAGAACCGUGCUCUUUGAUUUAAACUAAGAGACUCAGUUGAGAUCUCAUCCCCAGUUCUACAAAGUAAUAUGAAUUAUUAUAAUCAUAAUAAUAAAUGCUAACCAG